UUUUCACUUUUGAGUUCUCAGAAAAUGCAUGUCCAAUCCUUGCUUCAGUCUUCUUCUCACGCUCCUUUGCAAACCCACAAUCCCAGAUUUCUUCCUCAAUCUUUACCUCAUUUGAAGAAGCCGUCUCUGUCUGUAUCUCUAGCUCCACCUAACUUCCACAAUUCUUUUUUGCCUCCAGACUUGGUUAUUUUUAACUCAAGUAGUAGACUCGUCACACCUUGCAUAAGUCCAAGCAAAGAAUUUGUCAGUGAUAGUGUGAGUGAAAAUGAGACUAGUGUUGCUUCAAAUUAUCUAUUGGUUGAAGAAGGAGAAGAAAAGGAAGAAGAUGAAGAGGAAACGAGAAUGGUGGGAAGCAGACAAGGAUUGGAGAGUCAGAGUAUAUGGAACCAAAUUAAAGAGAUUGUCAUGUUUACAGCACCAGCUACAGGGCUAUGGAUAACUGGGCCAUUGAUGAGUCUUAUUGACACAGCUGUUAUUGGUCAAGGAAGCUCCCUUGAGCUUGCUGCUUUGGGUCCGGGAACAGUUUUGUGUGACAAUAUGAGUUAUGUGUUCAUGUUCCUUUCAAUUUCUACUUCGAAUUUGGUUGCCACUUCUCUUGCCAAACAGGAUAAAAAUGAAGUGCAACAUCAACUAUCUGUCUUGCUCUUCAUUGCACUGACUUGUGGCUUCUUAAUGAUUUUGUUUACAAAGUUCCUUGGCACAUCAGUGUUAACUGCUUUUACAGGCUCAAGUAAUUUACAUCUUGUCCCUGUGGCAAACACAUAUGUUCAGAUUCGAGGUUUAGCAUGGCCUGCAAUUCUUAUUGGAUGGGUUGCUCAAAGUGCAAGCCUUGGCAUGAAAGAUUCCUGGGGACCAUUGAAGGCAUUGGCAGUUGCCAGUGCUAUCAAUGGCAUUGGCGAUAUAGUCCUCUGCAGGUUCCUAGACUACGGUGUAGCUGGUGCAGCAUGGGCAACAAUGGUGUCACAAGUCGUUGCAGCUUAUAUGAUGAUUGAUUCGCUGAAUAAGAAAGGAUAUAAUGCAUGUUCCAUCAAAGUUCCAUCACCUAGUGACCUUGUGACAAUAUUUGGAAUUGCUGCUCCAGUAUUUGUAAUGAUGAUAUCCAAGGUGGCUUUCUACUCACUCCUAGUAUAUUUUGCUACAUCCAUGGGAACACUCAGCUUGGCUGCUCAUCAGGUCAUGAUUCAAGCAUUCAUGACAUGUACAGUUUGGGGUGAACCUCUUUCUCAGACAGCACAGUCAUUUAUGCCUGAGUUGAUGUAUGGAAGCAAUCGAAGUUUGACUAAGGCUCGAAUGCUGCUGAAAUCACUGGUGAUCAUUGGAAGCAUACUUGGUUUGCUAUUAGGGUUUUUCGGAACUUCUAUCCCCUGGCUGUUCCCCACUAUCUUCACACCUGAUCAGAAGGUCAUCCAGGAGAUGCACAAAGUGCUGGUACCAUUUUUUAUGGCACUAGCUGUGACGCCCUGCAUUCUCAGCUUUGAAGGAACCUUGCUGGCUGGAAGGGAUCUCAAAUUUGUCAGUAUGUCAAUGAGUGGAUGUUUUUCUGUAGGUGCUCUGGUGCUCUUGGUUGUGAGUAGCAGAGGAUACGGAUUGUUAGGAUGCUGGUGUACACUCUUAAGCUUCCAAUGGGCUCGAUUUUUCCUUACUCUCCAACGUCUUCUUUCCCCCAAUGGCAUACUUUUUUCUGAAGAUUUGAGCCAGCAGCAAAUACAGAAGCUAAAAGCCACAUAGUAUAUACAUAUGAAUAUUUAUGACUCUAUAUAAUCAAAUUGAAGAACUAUCAAGGCUCAAGCAUUAUGCUUAUUAUCUAAUGGAUAGAAUCAUCAUCAGAUCAACAAAUGCUCGAGCGAUGAGCUGGUGAAGAAACUGCCUUCACUGAAGCUGCAGAUUUUUCAUUGCUAGAUCAAGACUUUGAAAAGCUUUCCCACGUUGAGUGGAGAAAAGAAAAGUCAUGAGGCCAAAAACAUUGUUAAAUUUCUAUGUCGGUUACUAAUAUUCGAUGUCAUUCAGCUCCAAAUACAUUUGUGUAUUAGAGAGAGACCAACUCAACCAUAUGUUCAAUUUAGCAAUUAACAUUGCAGUUCAGAAACAA